AAUGUUUGUUGUCCAUUUUGUUUUAUCUUUUAAAAAAAUUCAUUUGCUUCCCUUUGCAGAGGUCUAUGGUGUAUGUGCUGUAUAUUUCAGAGCAGGGUGGUGGCAUUUAUAGGUGGGGGGUACAAGGAAACUGCAAGAGUAUAACGGAAAGACAAAACUGGAACCUUUGGAACGCCUGGACUUCCUUCUUCGAGUUGCGUACGGAAGAAAACCACCCUGAAGAGAGACGGGUUUGAUGCUAUUAUCGAAAUACCUGAGUGAGGGCAGAGCCUGGACCUCAGACACUGUCUCUGCUUUAAUCCCUUCGAAUUCGUCCCGUCCCAGCAAGCUCGAGUCCCAGGGAGGAAGCACCAACUUCACCCCAGUAGUUCCAGGGACCCAUUUGGCUCCCUUUGAAGGUGGGACAGACAACCGGAGCAUGACGCGGGUUGCGGGGGAAGAAGGCGGGGAAGCGGGGGGCGGAUAGUCUUGGUUGACAUAGUAACUCUUCAUCACUCUGACUCUCUCCAGGGUUUCUCUCUUGAGAGCGAGAGAGCGGGCUUGGCUCUCUCAGUGACCCCGCCUGCCUGCCCCGGCUCUGCCCUGCCCGGGGAAGCAAGGAGUGCUUGUGGCUCCUAAGGUCCGCCGGGUUGGUAGAGGAGAAGCUUAGGCCCCCUUCCUGUCUGGUCUCUGGAUUGCCUUGCUGGUCAGGAACCUCAAGCAGCGUGCGCCUAUCUCCUCGCAUCAGUGCUUUCAACCCUUCUCUACAAGAGUCAGCCAGUUCUGCAUUCAGCAGGGCUAUAAGGCAAGCCCUCUCUCCAGCACGGGAAGCUGAGACUUCAUUUGGAGGUAUCUUAAAUCCCGUGUUCUGUCCUGAGGACUCUAGGCUGCAGCGAGAGCCAGGGCUUACUGCCCCAGGGUGCUCUGUGACCGUCCUGGCUAAGCACGGGCCAUGAAUCAGGGCUCUCCCUAUGGCCCUCGGAGGGUCUGCACUCCUGGAACCGGGACUCGGCGCAAUGAGAGCCAGGACUACCUGCUCAUCGACUCUGAGCUAUGUGAGGACAACUCCCUACAGCAGCCCACUGCUCUUCCUCCCUAUGGCUACUAUCCUUGCAUUCGGGGCAAUGACAACAGACUGGCCCACCGUCGACAGACCAUCCUCCGAGAGAAGGGGAGAAGGUUAGCAAAUCGAGGGCCAGCAUAUAUGUUCAAUGAUCACUCGACAAGCUUGUCCAUUGAGGAGGAACGCUUUUUAGAUGCAGCAGAAUAUGGCAACAUUCCUGUAGUGCGAAAGAUGCUCGAAGAAUGCCUCUCACUUAAUGUGAACUGUGUGGAUUACAUGGGCCAGAAUGCUUUGCAGCUGGCUGUAGCCAAUGAGCAUCUGGAAAUUACUGAACUUUUGCUUAAGAAAGAAAAUCUGUCCCGAGUUGGGGAUGCCUUGCUCCUGGCCAUUAGCAAAGGUUAUGUUCGAAUUGUUGAAGCAAUCCUAAAUCAUCCUGCUUUUGCUGAGGGCAAGAGGCUGGCAACAAGCCCUAGCCAGUCAGAGCUCCAGCACGAUGACUUUUAUGCCUAUGACGAAGAUGGAACCCGCUUCUCUCAUGAUGUUACCCCCAUCAUUCUGGCCGCCCACUGCCAGGAGUAUGAAAUUGUGCACACUCUCUUGAGGAAAGGAGCCCGGAUUGAAAGACCUCAUGACUAUUUCUGCAAGUGUAGUGAAUGCAAUCAGAAGCAGAAACAUGACUCUUUCAGUCACUCAAGAUCCCGAAUCAAUGCCUACCGAGGACUGGCAAGCCCUGCCUAUUUGUCAUUGUCUAGUGAAGAUCCUGUCAUGACGGCCCUAGAACUUAGCAAUGAGCUGGCAGUGCUGGCAAACAUUGAGAAGGAAUUUAAGAAUGACUACAAAAGAUUGUCAAUGCAGUGCAAAGAUUUUGUUGUCGGACUUCUUGAUCUUUGCAGAAACACAGAAGAAGUGGAGGCCAUUCUGAAUGGGGAUGUUGAAGUGAACUCUAAUGGUGGAGACCAUGGGCGUCCAAGCCUUAGUCGUUUAAAACUUGCUAUUAAGUAUGAAGUAAAAAAAUUUGUAGCCCAUCCAAAUUGCCAGCAACAACUUCUCUCCAUCUGGUAUGAGAAUCUCUCAGGUUUAAGGCAGCAGACUAUUGCUGUCAAGUUUCUAGUGGUCCUCGCUGUGGCAGUUGGCUUGCCUUUCCUGGCCCUGAUUUAUUGGUUUGCUCCAUGCAGCAAGAUGGGGAGAAUAAUGCGUGGACCAUUCAUGAAGUUUGUAGCACAUGCUGCCUCUUUCACCAUUUUCCUGGGGCUCCUAGUCAUGAAUGCAGCUGACAGAUUUGAAGGCACCAAACUCCUCCCUAAUGAAACUAGCACAGAUAAUGCAAAACAGCUGUUCAGGAUGAAAACAUCCUGCUUCUCAUGGAUGGAGAUGCUCAUUAUAUCCUGGGUAAUAGGAAUGAUAUGGGCUGAAUGUAAAGAAAUUUGGUCCCAAGGUCCCAAGGAAUAUUUGUUUGAGCUAUGGAAUAUGUUGGAUUUUGGCAUGUUGGCCAUCUUUGCAGCCUCAUUCAUUGCUAGGUUCAUGGCAUUUUGGCAUGCUUCCAAAGCCCAGAGCAUUGUGGAUGCAAAUGACACUUUGAAAGAUUUGACCUCUGUGGGAGACAAUGUGAAGUACUACACUUUGGCCAGGAUAAAAUGGGACCCAUCUGAUCCUCAAAUCAUAUCUGAAGGCCUGUAUGCUAUUGCUGUGGUUUUAAGUUUUUCUCGAAUUGCCUACAUAUUACCAGCUAAUGAAAGCUUUGGACCUCUACAAAUAUCCCUGGGAAGGACCGUAAAAGAUAUCUUCAAAUUCAUGGUCAUUUUCAUCAUGGUAUUUGUGGCUUUCAUGAUAGGAAUGUUUAACCUCUAUUCUUAUUACUAUGGAGCAAAGCAAAAUGAAGCCUUCACAACAGUUGAAGAAAGUUUUAAGACAUUGUUCUGGGCUAUAUUUGGUCUUUCUGAAGUAAAGUCUGUUGUCAUAAACUCUAACCACAAAUUCAUUGAGAAUACAGGUUAUGUUCUUUAUGGAGUGUACAAUGUGACCAUGGUCAUUGUUUUGCUAAAUAUGCUCAUUGCAAUGAUCAACAACUCAUUCCAGGAAAUUGAGGAUGAUGCUGAUGUGGAGUGGAAGUUUGCAAGGGCUAAACUUUGGUUUUCCUACUUUGAAGAGGGACGAACACUCCCUGUUCCCUUCAACCUGGUGCCAAGUCCAAAAUCCCUGUUCUAUCUUUUACUCAAACUCAAAAAAUGGAUUUCUGAGCUGUUUUGGGGUCAUAAAAAAGGGUUUGAGGAAGAUGCAGAGAUGAACAAGCUUGGUCACAGUAAGCAGUCAAGCAUAAGGAGCUCAGAAGAUUUGCAUCUGAACAGUUUCAGUAAUCCUCCCAGACAAUACCAGAAAAUAAUGAAGCGACUCAUCAAAAGAUAUGUACUGAAAGCUCAGAUUGAUAAGGAGAGCGAUGAAGUCAACGAAGGUGAAUUGAAAGAAAUAAAACAGGACAUUUCAAGUCUCCGCUAUGAACUUCUUGAGGAGAAAUCCCAGAACACAGAAGACCUAGCAGAACUCAUUAGAAAACUUGGGGAGAAAUUGUCAAUUGAACCAAAUCAAGAAGGAAGCAAUAGAUAACAUGAACACCUCUUGGAAACUGAAAUUUAAUUGUCCACUUGAAGCCAUAAACUUUACCAAAUAAAAAUAAAAUAUUUAUACUUCCCCCUCCCCAUUCUUGAAUAGCAAAAAAGUCACAUAAAAAAUUUUGGGCCAUUGAACCAUAUUAAAGUGAACCCUAACAUUUCAUGGCAUCCACUAUUAAGAUCUUCAUUGUCCUACUCUGUAAAGGUGGCCAAAGGCCAAAGAUUAUGUUCACUGUUGGUUUGGUUUAUUGUUUUUAAGUUGUCUAGACAAAUAACAGCUAUCAUGCAAUCAGCAGCAGUGUAAUUCAAUGCCCGGAGCUCUUUCUGUUAGUAAUAAAGAGACUGUAGAGAACAGCAUGGCCCUUUCUAUCCUAGGAAAUUCUGAGGCAAUUGUCUUGUCUCCACCAUAGACAUCAUACUGAUGGCUUGUAGCAGUCGAUUUGGGACAAAUGUCAUUAUGCCUUUACAGAGAGUCUGCCCACUUAGAUGUGUUUUUCCAAAUAGUAUGAUUGACAGACCUUGUUCAGAAAUGGUCUUAAAUCAUCCUUGCAUUUCCCCAGUCAUCUCUCAAGGAUAAAAAAAAAUUGCUACUUCCCUUCAGUUAUGGAGCUAGUACAGCUAGAAACAUUUGAUUUGUUCUUUUUGUAGCCAAGCAAAUGUUAAUGAUGGUAUGAACUUUUUGUUGUUCAUUUUAACACCAUGAAUGGUGGUAAUUCAAAGUUUCUAACACUGGUGACCAAACACCCAAGCAAUAAAUGAAUAUUUUUAGUGUGGGGGGGGGAGGGAGAAUUGAUCAAACUGUCCUAAAAAUAUUCAUUUCUUAGUUAUGAUGAAAAUUAAAUGCCAGUAACUGAAAGCUGAAAGCACCAAACACUAAAAAUUAUUGAAAAAUUGGCAAAUAUCUAUCAGCUUCUUCCAACCAUGUGUCAAAAUGCAUAAAAGCAGAAUUUCCACAGCUUCCUUGUUAUCAAGAGGCUCCAGUGUCUAGACACUGGUUGUCAGUAAUCUGAAAGAGUCCACAAUGAUGGCUGAACAUUUCAUUUUCUCUAUGUGUCAGAUACCACCACACACUUGACACCUUUUAAACAACUCUGGAGUUUGAACAUAUUCAUUAACCAAAAUUAAGAGAGACUUUGAAAUAUAUAUUUGAGUUUUACUUUAAAAAUUAAAUGGACAUUUAAGUGCCAGCUAUGAGGACAUAAUACUGAAGUGGCACUACAUAGCUAUUUCACAAGAAAGAAAUUUGAAUUACUCAUUCAAUGACAUUUUCCAUGUGGCUAUUACAGAGAAGUUUAGCAAUAUAGAAGAGUCCUUUUUCAAAUGUAUUGUAACAAUAUUUGAUGAGCUAGUUGCCAGAAUAAACAAAUUAUAGCAAAUUCACUCUUGAAGAAUUUAAA